AUGGCAACCACGACUAACCAUGAGACUAUUGUCCCUCUCAACUCAACCAAUCUCUUGAACGUUAACAUGUCCAAUGUUACGAAGCUCACGGCCUCCAACUUCCUUAUGUGGAGCCGUCAGGUCCAAGCCUUGCUUAACGGCUAUGGCCUCUCUGGAUACAUCACAGGUGCUACGGUGAUCCCACCUGCGACGAUCACGAAUGCUGAAGUCAACUCUCCCAACCCCGCGUACAAAGCACACCAACGACAAGAUCAACUCAUAUACAGUGCCAUAUUGGGUGCGAUCUCUAGAUAUGGGAGAAACUCUCUGCUACGUAUGCAAAGCCGACUCGAGGACACAUCCAACAGCUCCGACAACAGAUCAAGCAACGGAAGAAAGGCACGAAAUCCUGAUGAGUAUCUGCAAGGUUUUACAACCCGGUUUGACCAGCUUGGACUCCUCGGGAAACCAUUUGAUCUGGAAGAUCAGCUUGAAUUCAUCGUGGAAGGACUUCCCGACGAGUACAAACAAGUCGCUGAUCAGAUACAGGGCCGCGAUGUACCUCUGUCGAUUACUGAAGUUCAUGAAAAGUUGCUGAACCAGGAAGUUAAACUUCAGGACGCCUCACCCAACUCUAUCAUCCCGGUCUCUGCAAAUGUUGCUCAGCCUCGACCUUCCAGCAACAAUAACCGGAACAACAACUCAAGCAACUACCGUGGCCGCUCCAACAAUCGCAACAACAAUAACUCGUGGCAACCACAGCAGCAGUAUCCAUCGCGUCCAGAUCAGACUGCUCGUGGCUAUCAAGGCAAGUGCCAGCUCUGCGGUAUCUACGGCCACAGUGCAAGACGUUGCACGCAGCUUCAACAAACUGGUGGUUAUGGCAACUCCAGCCAGUAUUCGACCUCUUCGGCACCAUGGCAACCUCGCGCCAACAUGGCAGUUACCGCAUACAACCCCAACAACUGGAUCCUUGACAGUGGAGCCACUCACCACCUCACCACCGACUUGAGCAAUCUGGCGCGACUUAGGCAUUCUGGCGCUUCAUCAGCCAUACAAUGGGGGUUCACUUGGCUGUUCCCGUUGAAGUUCAAGUCGCAAGCUCAGGCCACUCUCAUAGCCUUCAAGGCUCUAGUGGAGAAUCAAUUUGAUGAGAAAAUCAAAACCCUAUAUUCUGACAACGGCGGUGAGUACCUUGCUAUGCGCCAAUACCUUCAGACGCACGGCAUCUCCCACCUAACGUCACCACCACAUACUCCUGAGCACAACGGGAUCUCUGAAAGGAAACAUCAACACAUUGUCGAGACUGGCCUUACCCUUCUCAGCCAAGCCUCCAUGCCUCCUUCGUACUGGACGUAUGCCUUCCCCGCUGCCAUAUAUCAUAUCAACCGCAUGCCAAGCCCUUUCCUCAACAACACAUCCCCAUACGCCAAGCUUUUUAAACAAGCUCCAAAUUACUCUAAACUUCGAGUUUUGGGAUGUGAGUGCUAUCUGUGGCUCAGGCCGUAUGCAAACAACAAGAUGGCGAUGCGAUCAAUGGAGUGUGCUUUCCUUGGCUACUCUCUCACCCAGAGCGCUUAUCUUUGUCUUGAUCGCAGCAGUGGCUGCAUCUACCCCACGCGCCAUGUUCAAUUCAUUGAAGAGAAGUUCCCAUUUGCCACGACCUCGUUGCCCAAGUCUCAACCCGAAUCACCACCAACCUCUCCUUCUGUCACCGUCAUUCCUCUUAACCUCACCUCUAACCCGGCGCCACUCGUAGCAGCUCCAUCUAUGCCUCCCCUGAGCAGGGAUCCUCACCGGCGGCUACCAGCCGAAACUCCAUCCUCCUCGCCUUUACCGGCGAAUGAUGCUGUGAUAUCUCACGAUACCACACAAGUGGAAUCAGGUAUUGAAUCAACAGAGACCUCUGGCAAUGCACAGGUAUGUCCUCAACCUCAGUCUGAUUCUAGACUCCCGUCUCUCACCACAACCACCACUCAGCCAGACCAACCUCAUCACCCUGCUCCCACUCAGACCAAUAUACAUCCCAUGCGCACUCGCGGAAAGAACCAGAUACGGAAACCAAACCCCAAACACUCGCUCCUUACCAUCAAAAACCACAGAACCCACAAAUUCUAA